GAUCGAUCAGUAGACUACCCCCUGUUACCUCUGUCUAGACACCUCGCUCUCACAGCCGCCAUGGAGUCACGAUUGAGGGAUCUAAGGAAGAGUUUCUCCCAACGAACCAGUACUGUUCUUCAGCGGGAAUUGGUUCCAAAUCCACAGUGGAACCGAAUUGUGAGGCACAUUUUCGACAUAAUUAACGCUACUAAUUGGAAAACAGUAGUAACGUUUUGCAACCUUGUAGGUACGUUCCACAUCAUCUGGCUGUUCAUUGUGCUGCUGGCGUUAAUUUAUAAUGCCAUCGCGAUUCCUCUGCGUGAAGCUUUCGACAUUUACGACCGGCCUGAGCACAUGACCUUCUGGCUGACUUGCGACAGCGUCGCUGACGCGAUCUACUUGGCUGAUCUGCUCAUUGUGAAGCCCCGAGUGCAGUUCACUGAAAACGGCAUCGUGAUGGUGAUUUCUGCGGCCAAUUUCAAUUGGUUGAAAAAUUGGUGUUUUAAUCAAAUUAAUCUUCCGAUUUUAAUUGAAUUUUUCGACCGAACGGACCAACGAGUGAAAUCCGGUUAUGCUGUUCGUUUGGCGAAAAUUCUCGUCUACAUGAUCUACGUAAUCCACGUGGAAAGCUGCGGCUAUUACGCCUUUAACCGGUUUCACGGUCGUAACCAGUUGCUUUACUGCACCAAUGUGAAGGUAGCCACAAUCGUCAACACGUAUAUUUAUUCGUUCUAUGUGGCGACGAAAAUGGCAACUUCCAUUGGGAACCUGGCACACGCAACAAAUCCACCUGAGUUCAUCUUCAUGACAGUCUAUUGGCUCACGGGUGUCUACGUGUCGGCAAUUUUGAUUGGUCAGGUAACUGAUAUCUUGGAUAGUCAAAGAGCCGAGAGGGAGGCGUACAGGCAGCUGAUGGAUGCCACCAUCACCUACCUAAAACGCAUUCGAGCCCCAGAAAAGGACAUCGAUAAAGUGCGAACCUGGUUCAACUAUAAUUGGGAUCAGCAGAAGACCUUGGACGAGAACAUGCUAAUCGACGCGCUGCCGCUCAAGCUGAAGACCGACAUGCUAAUCGAUGUGCACUACAAGACGCUGAGUAAGGUAUCGCUGUUCAAGGACUGCGAGAGAACGAUGAUUUUCGACCUGAUCUGUAAGCUGAAACCGGUCUUGUUUCUGCCGGGCGCAUUCAUCUGCGAGAAGGGUGAGGUUGGACUGGAGAUGUACAUCGUGAAACAGGGCUUCGUGGAGGUUGUGGGGGGGCCAGAUCUAUCGACUGUCUUCGUGACCUUGAAGGAGGGGAGUGUCUUCGGUGAAAUAAGUCUCCUGGCGAUACAGGGGAAGAACAGACGAACAGCGAACGUUCGAUCAAAGGGCUACUCAACGCUCUUCCGACUCACCAAAUCUGAUUUCGAGGAGGCCAUGAAGAACUACCCAGUGGCGUACAGGAAGCUCAAAAGAAAGGCCCAGAAAAUGCUGCAAAAUGACAAACAAAAAGCCGAAGAGGCGGCAAAAUCGAAAGAAGAAGGGAAGGCUGAAAAGAGGGAAAAAAUAAGUGAGAGGAUCGGAAGUCUUGAGAUCAUCCCGGUCGAACGUCGACUCUCGAGGAUGUCGAUGGUGGUAGACGAGGUAUGA